ACUUUAUUCAACAAUCUCUUCCCUGUCAUUAUCCUUACGCAGGUGAUACAGUGAAGGCUUCCAUGUUUACGACCGAAGGCCGGCUCAGUAUUGGCCAAAGCUGAUCACAUGAGCAGCAUGAUGCAUGCAUGUGAUGCUGAUGCAGGAGCCGGCCAAUAAUGAGUCUGCGUUCUGACGCAGAACCUGGAAGUGCUGGACGCAAACAACGUAUGAGAAUGACACAGAAGAGAAGAUAUUGUUGAAUGAAGUCGUUAUUUUUGUUUUGUUUUUGCGCACAAAAGUAUUCUCGUCUCUUCAUAACAUUAAGGUUGAUCCACUGUAGUCACGUCGACUGUUUUAACGAUGUCUUUACUACUUUUCUGGACCUUGAAAAUGUUGAUUAUAUUGCUGUCUAUGGACGAGUCAUAUACCUCUUGAUUUCAUCAAAAAUAUCGUAAUUUGUGUUCCAAAGAUGAACGAAGGUCUUACAGGUGUGGAACGACAUGAGGGUGAGUAAUUAAUGACAGAAAUUUCAUUUUUGGGUGAACUAACCCUUUAAAACUAAAGUUACUCAUUUUCCAGAUGUUCUAAUUGCGUCAACAAAUGUUUAUGCGUACUGGCUGUGACUGCUGUCAGGUGAAUGUCAUAAUCCUAAUUACAGUUGGACAGGAUUAUGAGCGCACACAGACGCUUCUUUAAAACAAUCUCCAGUAAUCCCAAGUGUUUCUCCGCGUCCUGCUGCCAGGGUUCAUAGGACGACUAUAACACUAUAUAGAAAGGUGUAACACUUCACUGACAGCUAAGAUAAAAUGGCUGCAGUGGACAAGGAUGUGGCUGAGAAGUUUUUGGACAGUAAUCCAACGUUUGCCAAGCAGUAUUAUGACUCCAGGUUCCGGGCGAAGGUCGUCUCCGACCUCCUGUCGGCCACCAAGAAAACAGAAGUGGACAUCAGCACUCACCAUGAGCUGACCUCUAUUGAGGAGUGCGAGAUAAUUUUCGAUAUGGUGCGGGACAUGCAGGAAAACCUGCAGAUGGAGAGGGCCGUGUUCAACCUCAUGCGGCAUCUCACCUUCAUGAUGCGAGCAGACCGCAUGAGUCUCUUCAUGUACCGCCAGAGGAACGGCAUAGCCGAACUGGCCACGCGGAUCUUCAAUGUCCAUAAAGAUGCCACGCUGGAGGAGUGUCUGGUGCCACCGGACAGUGAGAUUGUGUACCCGCUAGACACAGGCAUUGUGGGCCAUGUGGCCACUGUCAAGAAGACCAUCAAUGUACCUGAUGUCACACAGGACAGCCACUUCAGUGAUUUUGUAGAUAACCUGACAGAGUACGAGACCAAGAAUGUGCUCGCGACUCCCAUUAUGAAUGGCAAAGACAUGGUGGCUGUCAUGAUGGCGGUCAACAAGAUUGGUGCUCCCCAUUUCACUGCUCAGGAUGAAGAGACGCUAAAGAAAUAUCUCAACUUUGCCAAUCUUGUGCUUCGAGUGUUUCACCUGAGCUACCUGCACAACUGUGAAACCAGAAGGGGACAGGUGUUGCUCUGGUCUGCCAGCAAAGUGUUUGAGGAGUUGACUGACAUUGAGAGACAGUUCCACAAGGCCCUCUAUACAGUCCGAGCCUUCCUCAACUGUGACCGCUACUCUGUGGGCCUCCUCGACAUGACCAAAACUAAAGAGUUCUUUGAUCUUUGGCCUGUACUAAUGGGAGAGGUGCCCCCGUAUAGCGGACCAAAAACACCUGAUGGCAGAGAAGUGAUUUUCUACAAAGUGAUUGAUUACAUAUUGCAUGGAAAGGAGGACAUCAAAGUAAUUCCUUCCCCUCCUGCUGACCACUGGGCAUUAAUAAGUGGGCUUCCCACCUACGUUGCAGAGAACGGCCUGAUCUGUAAUAUCAUGAACGCUGCUGAAGACGAGUUCUUUGACUUUCAAAAAGAACCUCUGGAUGAAUCUGGAUGGACAAUAAAGAAUGUACUCUCUUUGCCCAUCGUGAACAAGAAAGAGGAAAUUGUUGGCGUGGCCACAUUCUAUAACAGGAAAGAUGGAAAGCCAUUUGAUGAAAUGGACGAAACACUAAUGGAGUCACUCACUCAGUUCCUGGGCUGGUCAGUGUUGAAUACAGACACUUAUGACAGGAUGAACAAGCUGGAAAAUCGCAAGGACAUCUUUCAAGACAUGGUCAUGUACCAUGUCAAAUGCAGAAAGGAUGAGAUUCAGAAUAUCUUGAAUACACGCGAGGUGUACGAAAAAGAACCUGAUGAAUGUGACGAGGACGAGCUGGAGGAUAUUCUGUGUGAAACGCUGCCAGACUCAGAGGACACAGAGAUCUUUGAGUUUCACUUCUGUGACUUUGAUUUCACUGAGCUGGACCUAGUGAAGUGUGGCAUCAAGAUGUACUAUGAGCUGGGUGUGGUAGACAAGUUCCAUAUUCCACGUGAGACCCUGGUGCGCUUUGUGUACUCAGUCAGUAAAGGUUACAGGAAGAUCACCUAUCACAACUGGAGGCAUGGCUUCAACGUUGGACAGACUAUGUUUACACUCCUCAUGACAGGUGACCUGAAGCGCUACUAUACGGACCUGGAGGCGAUGGCGAUGGUGACCGCUGGGCUCUGUCAUGAUAUUGACCACCGCGGUACUAACAAUCUCUACCAGAUGAAGUCUGGCAAUCCACUGGCAAAGCUGCAUGGUUCCUCCAUUCUUGAGAGGCACCAUCUGGACUUUGGAAAAACUCUGCUUAGAGAUGAGGCCUUAAAUAUCUACCAGAAUCUGAACCGAAGACAACACGAAUUGGUCAUCCAUUUGAUGGACAUAGCUAUCAUCGCAACAGACUUGGCCUUGUAUUUCAAGAAAAGGACCAUGUUUCAGAAGAUUGUGGAUCAGUCCAAGACCUACGAGAGCUGGGACGCUUGGACCAAAUACAUGAUGAUAGAAACAACUCGGAAAGAGAUUGUCAUGGCUAUGAUGAUGACUGCCUGUGAUUUGUCAGCCAUUGCCAAGCCGUGGGAGAUUCAGAGCAAGGUGGCGCUGUCUGUUGCUGCUGAAUUCUGGGAGCAGGGUGACCUGGAGAGGACAGUGCUGGAGCAGCAGCCCAUUCCCAUGAUGGACCGGAACAAAGCGGACGAUCUUCCCAAACUGCAAUGUGGUUUUAUCGAUUUCGUCUGUGCUUUCGUUUACAAGGAGUUCUCUCGCUUCCAUGUGCAGAUCACGCCCAUGCUAGAGCGUCUGCUGAACAACAGGAAAGAGUGGAACGCUUUAAAGGAAAUACAUGAGGCCAAGCUAGCAAAGCUGGAAGAGGCCAAAAAAGCUACAGAGGAAGCAAAUGCUGCCGCAUCAGCUGCCAAACAAGAAAGCGCAGCCCAAUCCUCAUCUCAGUCCAAGACGUGUGUAAUUUCAUAGAUGUCAAACUGCGGAAAAACAAAGAAUGUAUAACAAUGUACCCAUAAUUUGGGCCACUUUUAUUAUUUCUCACUGCAGGAAGUCCUUUGGCAAGUAUUUACACUAGUCUUGAGCUUAAAGGUAAAGAAAACACUUUAGUGCAAGUAACAGACUAUUGCAACAUUUCCCACACCAGGUUAAUGUCAUCAACAGAACAUUUUUUUUUUUUUUUUUAAAGCUAGAAUUAUCAAACUUUAGUGAAUAUUGGCUGAAACUGUACAAAAUAGGAUUCUUACCUACUAAAUAACAUGAGUAGUGUGAAAAGGCCACAUUAUUUUUUUUUUUUAAUUCAUAUUUAUAUGUAGAAAUGUAUAAAUAAAAGAUCAAAUGAGGAAUUGUUGAACCUAGCCUCGUUCUUUUAAAGCUUUGUAACUGUGUUGCUGUGCAAAAUAAGACUUCUGCCUCUAGGAUGCAGUAUGCUCGGCUGCACUUGUGUGUGUGCGCUAGCACUAACUGUCCCACUGGGACAUACAUAACAGUCUUACAAAAGCAUUGGAUAACACCUAGGGGGUGUUGGCCUAAUCGACUGGGAAGGAUGAGAGCCGAUUGGCAGGACAGAAAAUAGAGGCGGACUCGAUGCUAGCAUUUACGUCAUUGCCACAGACGCAGUCACUGCACGUCAGCGACUAUGAUGUCACGUCUUCUGCUACAUUUACCUCACUCCCACAGCAAAGAGGUGGAGUCAAGAAAAUCUGCAACCACUGCAAAAGCCAAAAUAAGCUCUGACGUGACAGCAGAUACACACGCCUUUUCAAAUGGAUGUGCUGCAUCCUCAUACACACACACACACACACACACACACAAUGCCGUAGGGAAUGAUUAUUCUGACAUCUGAAUCACAAAUCAGCAGAGCGGCAAAUUGCCACCAGCUCUCCGAGUGACUGCUUUAACAGUGGUCUCAUUCAGCAUGUUCUGCUACAUGCCCUCAGUGAAAGGAAUGGCCACAAUUAGCUUCCCAAUCUAAAAUUCUAGGCAGUCUGCAUGGAUACAACACAGAAUGCCAUUUGCUAUUGGCUGCCAUUUCAAUGCAGUAACCAAUCAGAGUGUUUCCAGCUGAGCUGGUCUGUUUAUACAAUGCGUAAUGUCAUUUGGAACAUGGAGGGAAAAAAAGCAAGUAUUAAAAUGCUGCUGCUUUUUUUUUUUUUUUUGUCAAAAUCCUCCCUCAAGUUGCUAUUCAGCACUCGUUCUAAGAAUAGUGUUGCUUUCUGCGGCUUACUGCAGCAUUUAGUGGCUUAAAUAGUAAUGCAGUACACGAAUGAAUUACAAAGCUGAAUGUUGAUCAUUAUGGAUUUUAUUUUUUUGGAGGCAAAACAAUGAAUAUAUGUACUUUUUUUACAGUAUAUGAGGAUCAGUUUCUACAGUUUAAUAAUGUAAACAAUCUCGGAAGAGAAAUGUGUUCAGUUUAAAAGGAAGCCAUCAUCUGCUUUUUUAAAACUAUUUACAUGAAUUAAAAUAUAAUUUAUGACAUCAAAUAAUUCCACUAUAUAGAUUUGAUCUAGGAAACUAGAUUUUAACAAUUUAAAAAUACUGAAAUGCUUUUGUCUCCACAUUCUCAAGAUGUAUGAAAAUCACACAAUACCGAGAGGAAAAAAAAAAAAAAGUUGAAAAUAAAACCAACACCA